AUGUCCUGGCCCAAAGGCCCAUUCGUGGCUGGGUGUCGAGCUGGUCCUGACAGGUCUACAAACUUGGACGAGGCGCUGAAAAAUUGGCCUGCCGGUAUGCUGCAAGAGCUGCACAUCGGAGAUGACUGGAAUAACCUCUUGCACAAGGACAAUCGCAGCUGGUUUGGGGACACGAUAUCAUUGCGCGCCGUUGAUAUCGGGAACGAGGACAAGGGUGCGGCAGAGAUAAACGACCCUUCGUUUGGUUGCGAGGUACCGAACCCGAAACUUGCGGCGUCCCUGUCCAAGUCGUACCGAAACCUCAGGCACCUCUCUGUAUAUUUUGUCCUCUCAGCACAGACGGUUCUCGACAGCCUCCAAGAGGUGGACCUAGACGACGUGCAAUCGCUCAGGACAUUGUCCCUCACAACUGCUCUUCUCCGCCCCUUACACCAGGGCAACCCAGGCAUGGUGUCCCUCCUCCGGGAUGCCAAAAGGGCCGUCGAAAGAUUGCCCAAUCUCCAGCAACUGGAGCUCUGGAGCGUCAGCAUGGAGGGAGGUCCUCGCAUUUUCAAGUACCAGGUCGACGACUGCAUCGCGGACAUUUACUGGGACAGCCCGGCAGAAUGCCAGGUCCAAGAUCUUCUCAUGUCCAUUUGGGGCGUGGUCAACCGCUUGAACGGCCGUCGUAUCGUACUUGGAGAGUUUAUCUACAAGCAGACCGCGGUGCCCGGGGAACCAUGGGAUCAGGAGCCGUCGGAGCAUUUCUGCACAGCGAUACAGAAGAGGCGGGAAGAGGAAAUUCAAAAGGGGUCCUCCUCCCCCUGGAGGGACUGGGACUGGGAAAGGUAUGCCAACCUGCCAUGGGCGCUGUGGCAGUUUUCCGGGUUCGGGUAUUAG